AUGGAAACCCAAUCUAAGGAAGACCCUCAAUCAGUUUUCGACUUCAUUGUAAAGGAUGUUAAGGGAAAUGAUGUGGAUCUCAGCAUGUACAAAGGAAAGGUUCUGCUAAUUGUCAAUGUUGCUUCCAAAUGUGGGAUGACUAACUCAAAUUACACUGAGCUGAAUCAGCUGUAUCAGAAAUACGAGGACCAAGGUCUUGAGGUACUGGCAUUUCCAUGUAAUCAGUUUGGUGAAGAGGAACCUGGGAGUAAUGAUCAAAUCUUAGAUUUUGUUUGCACUCGUUUCAAGUCCGAGUUUCCAAUCUUUGACAAAAUUGAGGUUAACGGACCAGGGACUGCACCGAUAUAUAAGUUUCUGAAGAAAGGAAAGUGGGGGAUAUUAGGAGAUGAUAUUCAGUGGAAUUUUGCAAAGUUCCUUGUUGAUAAGAACGGACAGGCCGUCGAUCGCUACUACCCUACUACCUCUCCUCUUACUAUAGAGGCUCAAGAAGGCCACAGAUGA